UUUGUCGAAGAAGCAAAAAGACCCCAGAGGCUUUGUGAUCACUUUAGCCUUCGGGAAUGGGGAAGAGACUUCAGACAUGCUUGAUCUAGGAACUGGCAUUAACCACAUGACACUCGCAGUUUAUCAUAGGCUCGGGCUCAGGGAGUUGAAGCCUACCAAGAUGUGCCUACAGCUUACAUACCAUUCACUUCGUCACCCUGAAGGGAUUGUGGAGGAUGUGCUCGUCCGAGUAGGGAAGCUGAUAGUCCCCGUGGACUUUGUCGUGCUUGAUGUAGGAAGUGUGCAAGAAAAUGGUAAGGAGCACGCCAUCCUCCUUGGACGACCCUUCAUGGUGACCACUAGCAUAGUCAUCGAUGUGAAGAAGAGGACGACAAGCAUGACAGUUUUGGGCGAGUCCAUUGCCGUUUCUGUUCGAGAGACCAGGCCUGAGCAGCAUGCGAAUUUGGUAGAAGAGUGUGCAUACCUUUGGGCGAUUGAGCAUGUAACACCCCGUUC